AUGCCUCCCCCAUCUCAGAUCACUUCAGAGCAGAGACGUGCUGUCCCUCACCUUCCUAAAUACCUGUGUCGCGUUUGCGAAAAGUGGAAGGAGCCUGCCAGCUUCUCAAAUAAGGAGUUGGGUACCUACGCAAAUAAAGUUGCCUGUGGCAAUCGAUUGAAUGGAGUCACUGCCAAGUUGAGAUGCCGUAGCUGCGCUGGCGGUGCUCUGACCGAGAAGUUCUGUGAAGGCCCUUGCAAGACCUGGAAGGAUCUACAAAAGUUCAGCAGAUCCGCAAGAUCAAAUGGUGGCUCCCAGUGUUGUAUGACUUGCGUUCUCUGGAGGGAAACCCAGGAGCCUGGUAUGGUCACCCAAGCCCCUCCAACGGGAGAUAACAUCAACGGUGGGGAUGAGGAUGAUGACAACUGGACCCCUGGUGCAACGACUUAUUCCGACCCAGAGGCUGGUGAAUCCGACUCCGACUAUGAGGACUACGGCCGUACUACAACCUCAAAUGCGGGCAGUAGGGCAAGCAAUGUCCCAGCACCUGUCCCUGGUACUAGACAAACUCCAUCCGUCGCCACCAGCUCCGUCGGUCCUCGUCAGCAUAUCACCGUUCCAUACGACUCCCUGGCGACAUUGUCUCUCAAUGGCACAAACACAACCAGCAACCCCGGAACGGGACACACCAUAGCCACAGCAAAUCUUCCAACUCCCAAUAUGUCUGGUGUCGGUACCCGAAUCGCUCCUGGCUCUACUUUGAUGUCAGGAUCUGGUGUAGCUUCCGGCUCUCGGAACACUGCGACCCAGAGAAGCUUCGACAUUCGGUCACAGUCCUCCGCUAGCAAUCCAUAUGAAACUGUAUCUGGCACUCCGGGUUGGGGUGCUAUGGAUGCUCGUCGUAGAGACCCGGCCACUCAACGUCCAAACCCAGCCACCUUCACAGGCUGGGACAAUAGAGGCCAACCACACAUCCAACAAAGAUUCCCAUCUGAAUCCGGCUCCCAAACCCAACAAUCGACCUCUGCUUCUGCCACUAGUGCCCUUCCAGCUGCCACGGUUCCUGGUCCAACACGCAACUCCAACUGGGCCAGACCUGUUGGAUCACGAGGCGCUCAGCGAACCAUGCCUCCACCAGACGGAAUUCGCUCAGGAAAUGCUGGUCGUGGACCAAUCUCAAGACCAUUGGCCGAGUCAAGAUCUGAGGAUGAUUCUGACACCAGUGACGAUUUAAACCACAUGUGA